ACGACCUCUGUAGCUUCUGGCACAGGGGCGGCACUAACAAGUUACGGGAGGUUGAUACGUCAGAACAACUGUGUCUGUGAAAAAGUGAGCUGAAGGGAGUGAUUAGGCGAGAGAGCGUGAAAGAAGAGAGACGAGCUCGUUGCGCUCACAUGAAGGGAAGCGCGAGACAUUUCAGAGCCAGUUGUGGCAAGCGGUUGAGUCAGUGCGCUUCAGCACCACUCCCGUCAAAGCGGGAUCUGCCUUCUCACACAACCUCUCAGACGGCUGCCACUCUGAUUGACUUGACUUGGGGAACAACAAAGCUGUGGAUGCCAUCACCAAAGGUCUUUCACUACCCAAAAGUGGGGAGCAGUCCAUGGACCUAAGUGUCUCCCAGAGGCUGGUUCAUCCAGGCAGAGAUUCGGCUAUGCUGGCUCCCCACCGUCCCUUAUUCCUGGGACCCUUUACCUCUCAGCACUGCUCCCAGUUUUCAUACCAACAGUUGCAGUAUAACACUGAACAAAGGCAAAGAGAGAUGGAGGCUGAGAAACAAGAAGAGCUACAACAGUUAAUACGAAAGAGUAAAAAUGAACAAAGUGCUGUAGCCAGUCCACUGGUGAGGCAGAAACUCAGAGAGCACAUCAUUAUGAAGAGCCAGCCCACCCCAAAACACAGCAGUCCUACACCAGGAUACGGGCACCCACUUCCAGACAUGUCCCCAAAGUCUCAGCCGUCACCCAGUGACAUCCAGUGUAAAGAACUGCGGCGAACAGUGUCUGAGCCAACAUUGAAGUGGAAGUUAAAGAAGCUCAUCAGCACAAGACCAAACCCGUUGCAGAGGAAGAGGAGUGCCCCUCCUGCCGUCAAGCACAGGACAGAAACGCUUGACUCUUCUCCCAGCAGCACCCCAGCAUCAGAUUGCAGCUCUCCUAACGACAGCCUCCAUUCAGACAAUGGAGCCCUCCCACUUUCUCAUGAGGCACAAAGGCUUCUGCUGAAGGAUGGUCGAUUGGCCAAUUUCACGCUGCCCACCAGCCCAACUGCCAGGCCCAACAUCACUGCAGGACUUCCUGCACAGGUUGACAUGCGAGUAGCCAGGACUCUGGUAGUAUCCGCUCUGCCUCAAGUCUACUUACCUCCCGACGGAGGUUUUCCAGCCCAGGCUCACGGCCUGCAGCCUGUACUUAUACUGGAACCACACACUGGGCUUGUACACUCGCAACUCAUCUCCUAUCAAGGUUUGAGCCCUCCACUUCUGCAACAGCGACCUCACCUGGCCUCCCCAACAAGAAGAGAAGGCCUCACCACCUUUUCGUCCCACAAACCCUUGGAGCGAACACGCUCUGAACCUCCGCCCUACAGCCACUCGGCCCUUCCUCUGCAUGCCAGCCUGCACUGUCACACUCAGCACCAGCUGCCUCAGCAGUGCCACAAGAGUGGGACGGAUAGGUUUAAGUUGAAUUCCCUCCUGAGCAAGAUCCCGUCAGAGGACAUGGACCUGGAGGAUAUUGGAUCCGAGUCUGGAUCCAUGUGCGGCUCUGAACCGGGCUCGGUUUGUGAGGACAGCUAUCGCAGGAGACAAAGUUCUGCCAGCACAGACUCCGUUUAUGACACUGAGUCCACUACCUCCUCACGGGAAAGCCUGAUUGAGACCUCGCAUUCCGUCAGUCAGAGGCACUUGGUCCAUCGAGCAGGAUUCCACAUGGACUCGCCUAAUGCGCCUAUCCUUAUGUGGCCUCACCAACCUUUGGUCCGAACGCAGUCCUCCCCUGCCUCGACCUCCCUGCCUCCCCUUCAGAAUGCAUCCUCAACUAUCCCCGUUCCUCUGUCCAGUCCUACUACAGAUGUCAAGCUCCGCUUCACCACUGGUGUCGUUUACGAUACGCAGAUGCAAAAGCACCGGUGCACCUGUGGCGACAACAGCUGCCACCCCGAGCAUCCUGGGAGAAUCCAGAGCAUUUGGUCCCGACUUCAAGAAAGAGGCCUGUGGAGCCAUUGUGAGCAUAUCCGAAGUAGGAAGGCCACUUUAGAAGAGCUGCAGUCAGUCCAUUCAGAAAAACACGUGCUUCGGUACGGCACCAACCCUCUGCACCGCCUCAAGCUAGACAACCCCAAGUUGGCUCGAAUCUUGACUCAACGUAUAUUUGUUAUGUUACCAUGUGGAGGAGUAGGGGUUGAUAAUGACACAGUCUGGAACGAGCUUCACACGGCAGCGGCUUCUCGUAUUGCGGCCGGCUGUGUCAUCGACCUGGCACUGAAGGUGGCACAAGGAGAGCUAAAGAAUGGAUUUGCAGUGGUGAGGCCGCCCGGGCACCAUGCCACACACUCCUCCCCUCUGGGUUUUUGUUUCUUCAAUUCAGUGGCCAUCACUGCCAAGCAACUACAACAGAAACUCAAUGUUGGCAAAAUCCUAAUUGUGGACUGGGAUGUUCACCAUGGCAAUGGCACCCAGGAAGCCUUCUACAAUGACCCAAGUGUCCUGUAUAUCUCGCUACAUCGCUACGAUAACGGCAACUUCUUCCCUGGUGGUGGGCAUCCCAACGAGGUUGGUGCAGGGGCGGGCGAGGGUUUCAACGUGAACAUUGGAUGGACAGGCGGUUUGAAACCUCCCAUGGGUGAUGCCGAGUAUCUGGCUGCAUUCAGAGCCGUGGUGAUGCCCAUCGCCCACCAGUUCUCCCCAGACAUGGUGCUGGUUUCGGCGGGAUUUGAUGCAGUCGAAGGCCAUUCGCCGCCAAUGGGUGGCUACAAGGUCACAGCCAAGUGUUUUGGGUUCCUUACUCGACAGCUGAUGUCACUAGCCGGGGGUCGUGUGGUUCUGGCUCUGGAGGGGGGACAAGACCUCAAGGCCAUCUGUGAUGCCUCUGAAGCCUGCGUCAGCGCCUUGCUGGGAAUGGAGGUGGAGCCUUUGUCACAGUCCGUGUUGGACCAAAAGCCUUGCGAUAAUGCCAUGCAGUCACUACUGAGUGUCAUCCAGGUUCAAGGUGACUACUGGCAGAGCGUGAAGGACUCGGCCGCCACCGUGGAGUUGUCCUACCUGCAGGCCCAGAGGCGGUGGUUGAGGCGAGACUCAGACAGCGAGGCCGUUGACGCCAUUGCCUCUCUGUCUAUGGGAGCCGGCGCCUCUGACAGGAAAAAUGUAGAAAAAAGGCCAGAGAAAAAUCAUUCCACAUGAAGAGGGAAUCUCCGGAAGCAGACGACCUUCUCACGUUCCUUAAUGGAAGCAUACCCACAUAACCACACACACACAGACACACACACACACACGCAAAUGUGCCUGUGAAGGAGAGCAGACAUCCCCUUCUGAUGACUAACCAAAAGAAAUGAUCAUUUUGCACUAUAUACUGAACUAUGUUGAAUUUUGGGCCUGUUUGUGCUCAGAUAUUCAGGCGUAUGUGAAAUUUUUUUGGGGGGGUAAAGUCCGGCCACAGUGAUUUUUUUUAUUUUUAUUUUAUUUAAUUUUUUUCUUCUCGCUUGGCCUGGAUGUAGUGCUUUUGACCAAGCCCACCGUCAUCGCAUCAUAACCCACACGAGACAAGCCUCAUUGCAGCGUGACCAAUAGAAGAUGAUUGAUGUCAUGUUGUCAGGAGUCCAGAGUGCACGCACCCUCAGAGACGGGGGGGACGCUUCAACUUGAUGGUGUCAAGUAGAACUGUGUUAUUUUUUUUGGGGGGGGCAUUUUUUUGUACCUGUGGAUGAGCAUUCCUGCUGUAUUUUUAAAUAAGUACUUAAUACCUGUUGUAUGUCUUCACUAACAAUGGCACUGCCACAGAAGGCCUUUGUGUAUCAGCUGACUCAUGAUUGAGCACAUUUAUUACAACAAUGUGCCGUCGAUGGACUGGCAUGGCUACAAGAAGUUUGUGAAUGUUGUUUUCUGAGCAUCACCAAAGCGUCAAAAGCAAUUCCCAUCUCAAAGAAAAUACUUUUUAUUUUUUUAUUUAUGUUUUCGCAUUCUUUGAGACGCACUUGUGUGUGACAGGGCGGUGAAUUUUUGUUGGAUUUUUAAAUACAUUGUGUGUGCUCUUUUUCAUGUUGUUCAUGCGUCCAGAAAGCUGUCAAGCCGUCAGUCAUGUGCUGACAAUGUGAAAACCAACAACAACGAGCUGGUCGAACAAUCCAUUCUGUUGGAGUUGUAGCCAAGUUUUCAUUGAACAUAUCUCAUUACUCACUUGUCUUAAUGAAAGCUUAUUUUUUUUAUUAUGAUGAAGAGAAACUGCCCCAUGUGCUUACUUAAAGAGACCAAAUGGUGAAAUGAAGUUUCUGACCAAGUUACGUGAAGGUCAAUUUGUUAUCAUGCUUUUUCGAUUGUCUGUUUUUAACAUUUAUACUGUAUAAAAAAAAAGAAUCAAUUAUAUUCAUCUGAAAAAUC